AUGCAUCAGAUUAUUCAAACUAUUAUUUUAUUGUGUUUAUUUGGGACCGCGGUGUCCAAAAGUUGUCUAGCGAAUCCACAGGCGAGGAAAUGUUUGGAGGUUUUCAAAGAGCUCGGCGAGCAAGCUGGCCACUACGACCUCACCAACAAAAACUCUACAGUACCCACCAACGCUCUUUGUGGAAGAUUCAAAAGAUGCGCUCCCACAUUCUCCUGUGAUCCAGAACCCAAACUAGUCUACGCAGUUAACAUCACAAUUCUAUUCUGCGAUGCGAUUGAUUUCUUCACAAACACAUUUUUGCCGUGCCAAAUGAAAUUGGACGCGGAUACUACGGAAUGCACACGAGCUUGGGAUCCAUUCCCAAAGGAGAUUAAGGAUAAGAAGGUGAUGAAGGAGGUGCAGGAGUACGCGUGUAAGAAUUAUUUUGGGAAGGAUAACUGUAUGAAGGAUCACAUCAUUCAAGUUUGUGAUGUGGAGAUGUGGAAUGGGUUUAGAAAGCACCAUCUGGCACUCAACACAAUUAUUGGAGCCUGCGACUUUAAGGAAGGCGAACCUGCCUAA